CAGCGUGCAGAGCUGAGUUGAAAUGACCGCUAGAGCUAAGGAAGCAUAACGAGAGAAAACAUGUACAGUAAAAGAGAACUAACGAUGCUUCAUGUGGCGGCCCAGCAUGGGAAUGUGCCGAUGGCGAUAUACGCAAUAGACAGAGCAAAGAUUCCGAUAGAGGCCAGAAACGAAGCCAGCGCUACGCCUCUUAUGGUUGCGAUAGACGAGAGGCGUUGGGAAUUCGUGAAAUUCCUGAUACAACGCGGUGCCGAUAUGUAUUUAAGGGAUGACUAUGGUUACAGCGGGCUGUCGAGGGCAUUGGAAUGCGACGACCCGAAUAUCGUCAACGCGUUCAUCGAGAAAGUCAGAUAUGAACAUCCGGACAAGGAGGAUUUCGUGAGGACGCUGGGCGAACAUGGUUGCACGAUAGAGAAGAUCGUGAAGAUGCGCGACCCGGAGAAGACCCAAAUAUUUUUGAAUCUGUUUAACAGACAAAGAAUCAUCGACCGUAUCGCCAGCCGCGAAAGCGUCAAAAUAGCUAUGAAAGCGAUGGAUGAAGAAAAUUUAAAGGUACUGCUUAACAGUGAAAAUGGGGACAGGAGAAUAACUUUUCUGUACGCCAUUCACGAACUAUUGGUAUGCAGUUACAAUAAUGCGUCUUUGACGAGGGUUGUGCAAAAAAGCAUUGAUCAGAUGCUUGAUUGGAAAGUGCUGACCUUGGACAACUUUUUCACUACGGAAUCGUUGGUUCAGCAAGAACCGGAAAAGGGUAUACGCGUAGUAUUGACCGAUAGACUUAUAUCAUACGUCAAAGAGGAGCUCAAUUUUGAUGUACAAGUAUACUUGUUCGGCAAUAAGUUAUGUAACAUCAGCGAAUUCGUGAAGAGUGGCGUGAUCGACUUUAAUAUGCGUGGCAAUGGAGGCCUCUCGGCUCUGCACAUAGCUGUUGAUAACCGAGCGAUUGAUACGAUGAAAUACCUACUAGAUAACGGAUUCGACCCGAACGUAAGAGACGACGAGGGAAGAACGCCCAUUUUUAAAGGCCUAGGAUAUGACGUGAUUUUCGAGAUCCUACUUAUAUAUGGAGCUGACAUUCAAGCACACGACAAUGAUGUUUUUGUGACGUCCGCAUCGUAUCGGGCGUCCGAUCGAAACAGUUCUCCUUCCAUCCGCGCAGUGGCUGGCUGGAAGUGGGGACAAGCCUUAAGACAGAAAAAGAGGAGGAGAGCCGGUGAGCGCAGCGUGCCUGCGCCAGUGAAAGUCGAGUAACAGCGUGUACGCGAGUGUGCGUGCUGAGUGGAGUCGGCGUUGCGCUUGCGUAGUCCGCAUACAAUGGAAUACUGCAGCAAAUUCUUUCGAAAUUCACAGCAUCAUCGGAGCAUCGCCAGGAUACGACUGGAUUAGCUAAAUUUUUUUAUUAAUAUCGGAAUAAAAUACUCGGCAUCUCGCAGAAGUUAUGCGCCAACCUGUGAGCGCUUUAUCUUCAGUCGGCCGUAUUAGCUUCGUACGCUCAAGUAUACAGUAAGCUUUAGACCGAAUAUGCCGCAUUUCUGUAACGAUGCAUGACCCGUACUAUCGUUCAAUUGAGGAAAUAUGUCUAACGAAUCGACAUUUUACAAAAAUAAUUAACAUAACGAAAAAAUUAAGUUUUUCAUUUGCCCUUAUGAACAUGUGGACGAGAGCUCUCAGUUAUUACUAUAAUGUAUUUGCGUGUUAAGGCAUGUUACAAAAAACAACUACACCAGUCAAUUGAUCAAACACUACACUCGGCUCAAAAAUUGGCAUUUUACUCACUUGUUACAUGCUCAACAGCGCAUAUUUCACACGGAUUGUUUAUAAUUUAAUUUAUGAUUUAAAAAAUCGAGUAAUAUUUGAGAAAAGACAAAGUCAUUUUUUAUUUAAAAUAUGGACCAGUGAGGAACUUUUUAUCAAAAUAAUCAUAAAUCAGAAUAACAACAUCGUUAACACUUCAAAUCGUUUUGAAUUUUGAACUGAAUGUCAUUAAUUGCAAUAGUGUCAUCACUAUAAUUAAAAAAUGUUCAUUCCGAAUCUACAUAGAUAUUUAGACCAAAAUAAAGAUAACGAUAAUCAAUUCACUGCUGGUGACUUUAACGUUAACUUACUAACAUAAGACAAUGAUACACAGGAUUUACUAUUAAACCUAUUAGAAUACAAGUAUAUACCUCUCUAUUACAAAACUACUAAGCCUAAUCCAAAUAAUGCUCAUAAAGGUACUUGCGUUGACAAUGUAUUCCUUACAAUUGAUACAUACGGAUAACCAUUAAAAGUUACAAAAUCUUCCACAGAUCCCUAGCCACUUGUUAUAUUAUUAGAUAUGAAGUAUGAGAAAAAAACAAAAGAUAUCGUUUACAAACAUAUCGAUUACAAAAUGUUCAAAAUCCUUGCUGAUAGAAUAAAUUAGAAUUAUAUUGUCACUUUUGAUGAUUCGGAAACUGCAUAUAAUCUAUUGAUCGACAAUAUCAAAAAUAUCGUAGCACAAUUAAUCACUUAAAAUGUUAAAUAACUGAAAUCUCGUGUAACACCAAGGAUAAAUUAUACGAGAUCUAUCAUUGAGCACUGAUGAAUUCAAUGAAUGAAUUAAACAUGAAUAUAUAAAGAUAAGCCCUUAAGAAUUAAGCUAGCGAUAAUGGUGGAAUCAGUGUUCGAAUUCUUAAAGCCUUGAAUGCAUAUAUAAGUUUCCCAUUGGAAUACAUCUUUAACUUGAGCAUAUAUAAAGCUACAUGGCCUACGGCUCUUAAAGCGACUCUAAUUGUACCUAUACACCAAUCAGAUCAUCACUACUUACAAACUAUAGACCUGUAUCAUUAAUUUCCAAUAUUGUAAAAUUUUUCGAGAAAUUGAUUCACUGUAUUUAUAAAAAAAU